UUUGCGUAUCCGGGAAGUGAAUUACACGCAUGUUUGACAUACAAGACAACAACGCGACUAAAAAGAGUUCUACAAAAAUGUGUUUUAGCACCAUACCUAACCGUUAAUCGGAGUCGUAAAUACUUUUUCGGGGACGUAGAAAAGGGCGAGCUCCAUACCGACGUCGUAGGACUCUCAUCGUCGAUCUGUUCGCGGCCGACGUCUUCGUCGCGUACGUCGACGUCGGCCGAGAGCAGGGUCGAGCUUGAGGAUAAACUAAGAGUCAAGCCGAAUGCGACGAGCGUCGAGGUGGAAGUGGAAGUGGAAGUUGUCCCGAACAAUGAACCGGCGAUAGGAGCGGGGACAGAAGCGACAACAACGACAACGGCCAAGAAGACGAGGACGCGAACGGGAACGGGAACAGGAAUGAGUGAGCCUAGCCGGUGGAAGGCAGUCGGCCGCUUGCUUCGCCGCUUGGCGCUCAUUAUGUUUCUGCUAGCGGGUUUGGUUGCCUGUCUGGCUCUACUGGCCAUGUACGCGGGCCUAAUUUCCCUCGUGCAGCUGCUUGUGGUUGUUCUCGUCGCGUAUUUAGUCUCUGGAGGACGUUUUCGAUGGUUCUACGUUGCCCUUAAAACCUUACCCAGAGACGCCAAAGCCAUCUUGGGGUACGCAAAAAUUCUUUGGACUAUUCGGGGACAUGAAAAAAAGAAUCGAAGCGUCGCUGAUGUAUUUCGACAGUGUGUUAAUCGACAUCCUAACAAAGUUUGUUUCAUUUACGAAGACGAAGAAUGGACGUUUCAACAGGUGGAGGACUACAGUAAUAAAAUCGCCACGCUAUUCAAGACACAUGGAUACCGUAAGGGAGACGUGGUUGGCUUGUUUUUGGAAAAUCGUGCGGAAUUUGUUGCAAUAUGGCUGGGUCUCAGCAAGUUGGGAAUAAUAGUGCCACUGAUUAACAACAAUCUUCGUAAAGCUUCACUUCUGCACAGCAUUAGUGUAUCUAAGUGUCAGGCACUUAUUUAUGGAACAGACUACACGGACGCUGUGUUAGAUAUUGUGGGCUCGUUGGACUCGAAGACUACAUUGUACAGACUCGGUAAUCUAUCACACUCCAAAACGUCGAAACUCAACGACAAAGAUUUAACCGCCCUUUUGUCCGACGUUUCUCCGACUCCGCCAGUUCUUCAAGAAAAGGGGUGUCACAACGAUAAAUUAUUGUAUAUUUUCACCAGUGGUACAACUGGUCUUCCUAAAGCAGCAGUUAUAACAAAUGCUAGGUAUAUGUUUAUAGCAACUGGCAUUUUUAUGAUGGCACGAUUCAAAAGUACAGAUAGAUUUUAUACGCCAAUGCCUCUGUAUCAUACUGCUGCUGGUGCAAUGACCACAGGUGCAGCUCUACUUCAUGGAGCGACGGUAGUCAUUAGGAAGAAGUUUUCAGCAAGUGCCUACUUUGCUGACUGCAUCAAAUACAAUUGUACAGUUGGUCAGUAUAUUGGAGAAAUGUGUAGAUACAUUUUGGCUGUACCUCCAGGACCAGAAGACAAGAAACAUAAUAUCAGACUGAUGUUUGGCAAUGGCUUGAGGCCACAGAUAUGGCCCGAGUUUGUUGAGCGUUUUAACAUUCCUUGUGUUGCUGAAUUUUAUGGAGCUACAGAAGGGAAUGCUAAUAUUGUAAAUACUGACAAUACUGUUGGAGCCAUUGGUUUCAUUUCCCGAAUCAUUCCAUCAGUUUAUCCUAUUUCUAUUAUAAAAGCAAAUACUGACGGAGAACCUAUAAGGAAUGCAAAAGGUUUAUGUCAAGUGUGUGAACCAAAUGAACCGGGUGUAUUCGUUGGGAAAAUUAUACCCAAUAAUCCGUCUAGACAAUUUUUAGGAUAUGUAGAUCAAAAGGCAUCUGAAAAGAAAGUAGUUCGCGACGUAUUUACAAAAGGAGACUCAGCAUUUUUAUCCGGUGACAUUUUAAUAGCGGAUCAAUUUGGUUACUUAUAUUUUAAAGAUAGAACAGGCGACACGUUUAGAUGGAAAGGAGAAAAUGUUUCUACAUCCGAAGUUGAAGCUAUUAUUAGUAAUGUUGUUAACUACAGAGACUGUAUUGUGUAUGGAGUUGAGGUUCCAGGAGUUGAAGGUAGAGCUGGAAUGGCAGCAAUAUAUGAUGAAAAUAAUACACUAGACGUCAAUAAAUUAUCAGUUGAUCUGAAAGAACAUUUAGCAUUUUAUGCGGUACCCAGGUUUAUUAGGAUUUUAACAAAGAUUGACCUCACAGGUACAUUCAAAUUAAAAAAGAAAGAUCUUCUAGAAGAUGGUUACGAUCCUAAGAGAAUACAAGACAAACUGUACUAUUUGAGUGAAAAGUCUGGAUACCAGUUAUUAACCACGGAAGUGUAUGAACAAAUUUUAGACAAGAAAAUCCGUUUUUAAGUGAUAUUUUUAAAAAGUGAAUGGUCACAGGAAGAAUAUGCGCUGUAACCUACACUAAAAACCAAAUAAGACCAUAACUGCGAAAUGAAGAAUUUCGGUCUUGUUUGCGCAUAUUCCUCUCGGUUACUUUAGUUACCAACCUCUUGACAAUUCUCAAAACAAUCUCAAAACAAUACUCACAAGACAAGACUCAAAACAAUUGAGCAUCAUACACCCAGUGACUGUGAAGUACAAACGUGCCAAUUCAUAAGUAUUCAUGUC